AUGAUAGCAAGUAAAUAUAAUCACAUUUCAAUCAUUCACAUGUUACUAGAAGCUAAUGCUAAUCCUCACCUGAAGACAUCAAUAGGAUCAAAUGCUGUAAUGAUUGCUAGUUAUGAUGGUAACUAUGAAGCUGUUGAGCUAUUGAUUAGUAAAGGAGUUGAUUAUAAAUAUCAACAAAAAGAUGGAGCAAAUGCUUUAAUGGCGGCUUGCCAAAAUGGUCACACUCAAGUAGUUAAAUUAUUGCUAAAGGAACAAGUUGAUCCUAAUGUUCAAAAUAAUGAUGGAGUGAAUGCUUUUAUGAUGGCUUGUGAAAAUGGUCACAUUAAAAUAGUUAAUUUGUUGCUUCAAAUAAAAGAUCAAGAAAAUGCUUUAUUUUUGGCCUGUCAAAGUGGUCAAACUAAAAUAGUGGAACUGUUGCUGAAAUAUCGACUGGGUUUAAAUUUUCAAGGCAGAAGUGGUUUCUAUCUUUUUAUGAUAGCAUGUAAAAAUGGCCACACUCAAAUAGUUAAACUGUUGCUGAAGAAACAAGUUAAUCCUAAUGUUCAAAAUAGUGAUGGAGUGAAUGCUUUUAUGAUAGCAUGUCAAAAUGGUCACACUCAAAUAGUUGAACUAUUGCUGAAGGAACAAAUUGAUCCUAAUGUUCAAAAUAUAUAUGGAGUGAAUGCUUUUAUGAUAGCAUGUCAAAAUGGUCACACUCAAAUAGUUAAACUGUUGCUAAAGGAACAAGUUGAUCCUAAUGUUCAAAAUAUAUAUGGAGUGAAUGCUUUUAUGUUAGCUUGUGAAGAUGGUCACACUCAAAUAGUUGAACUGCUACUGAAUGAACAAGUUGAUCCUAAUGUUCCAAAUAAUGAUGGAAUAAAUGCUUUUAUGUUGGCUUGUCAGAAUGGCCACAUUCAAAUAGUUGAACUGUUGCUGAAGGAACAAGUUGAUCCUGAUGUUCAGAACACAAAUGGAGUCAACGCUUUUAUGCUGGCUUAUCAAAAUGGCCACAUUCAAAUAGUUGAACUUUUUAUGUCAGCUUGUGAGAAUGGUCUCACUCAAAUAGUUGAACUGUUGCUGAAUAAACAAGUUAAUCCUAAUGUUAAAAACAAAGAUGAAGUGACUGCUUUUAUGUUGGCUUGUCAAAAUAGUCACAUUCAAGUUGUUGAGCUUUUGCUGAAGGAACAAGAACAAGUUAAUCUUAAUGUUCAAGACAAAAGUGGUUGGAAUGCUUUUAUGUUGGCUUGUCAAAAUAGUCACAUUCAAGUUGUUGAGCUUUUGCUGAAGAAAGAAGUUGAUCCUAAUGUUCAAAAUAAGGAUGGAAUGAAUGCUUUUAUGUUGGCUUGUGAAAAUGGUCACACUCAAAUUGUUGAACUGUUACUGAAGGAACAAGUUAAUCUUAAUGUUCAAGUCAGAAAUGGUUGGAAUGCUUUUAUGUUGGCUUGUGAAAAUGGUCACAUUCAAGUAGUUGAACUGUUACUGAAGGAACAAGUUAAUCUUAAAGUUCAAGACAGAAGUGGUUGGAAUGCUUUUAUGUUGGCUUGUCAAAAUGGUCACACUAAAAUUGUUGAGCUGUUGCUGAAAGAACAAGUUGAUCCUAAUGUUCAAAAUAACAAUGGAAUGAAUGCUUUUAUUGCAGCAUGUGAUAAUGGUCACACUCAAAUAGUAGAACUGUUGCUGAAGAAACAAGUUAAUCAUAAUGUUGAAAAUAAUGAUGGAGUCACUGCUUUUAUGAUAGCAUGUCACAAUGGCCACACUCAAAUAGAACAAGUUAAUCCUCAAAUAGUGAAACUGUUGCUACAAGUUAAUCCAAAUUUUAAAAAAAUAGAUCAAGAAACUGCAUUUUUGUUGGCUUGUCAAAAUGGUCACACUCAAGUGGUUCAACUGUUACUGAAGGAAAAAGUUGAUCCUAAUGUUCAAAACAAAAAUGGAGUGACUGCUUUUAUGUUGGCUUGUCAAAAUAGUCACAUUCAAGUUGUUGAGCUGUUGCUGAAGGAACAAGUUGAUCCUAAUAUUCAAAAUAAUGAUGGAGUGAAUGCUUUUAUGUUAGCUUGUGAAAAUGGUCACACUCAAAUAGUUGAACUGUUGCUGAAGAAACAAGUUGACCCUAAUGUUCAAAACAAAAAUGGAGUGACUGCUUUUAUGUUGGCUUGUCAAAAUAGUCACAUUCAAGUUGUUGAACUGUUGCUGAAGGAACAAGUUGAUUCUAAUAUUCAAAAUAAUGAUGGAGUGAAUGCUUUUAUGUUGGCUUGUCAAAAUGGAUACACUCAAAUAGUUGAACUUUUGCUGAAGGAACAAGUUGAUCCUAAUAUUCAAAAUAAUGAUGGAGUGAAUGCUUUUAUGUUGGCUUGUCAAAAUGGAUACACUCAAAUAGUUGAACUUUUGCUGAAGGAACAAGUUGAUCCUAAUAUUCAAAAUAAUGAUGGAGUGAAUGCUUUUAUGUUGGCUUGUCAAAAUGGAUACACUCAAAUAGUUGAACUGUUGCUGAAGGAACAAGUUGAUCCUAAUGUUCAAAACAAAGAUGGAGUGACUGCUUUUAUGUUGGCUUGUGAAAAUGGUCACACUCAAAUAGUUGAACUGUUGCUGAAGGAACAAGUUGAUCAUAAUGUUGAAAAUAAUGAUGGAGUUACUGCUUUUAUGUUGGCUUGUCAAAAUAGUCACAUUCAAAUUGUUGAACUGUUGCUGAAGGAACAAGUUGAUCCUAAUGUUCAAGACAAAGAUGGAGUUACUGCUUUAAUGAUUGCCAGUGCUAAAGGGCAUUAUCAAGUAGUUAAGUUGUUAUUAGAAUCUAAAGCUGAUCCAACUAUAAGAUCUAAUGAAGGACGCACUGCAUUAGUAGUACCCAAGAAAUUUGAACUAUAUAAAAUGAUCUACUCUUAUUUUGUUGAAAACUAUAGAUCUAUAAAGUUAGAGGAAGAUGCUGCUAGUGUAUAUUCAUUUGAGUCUCACAGAACAGUAUCCAGUGGAUAUUAUACAGUAUCAGAUAUUAGUAGCAUGAGAACUUAUCCUUCUACACUAACUUUAGAUUCAGCAAUGGAUGAGAAGUAG